UGCCUGACACCUCAAAGAAAAGAGAAAUAAAAAUCUCCCCUACUGAAUGCCGCUGUUUAAACAUGGGGAAAACUCCUGCCCUGCGUGUCUGCAAACUCUGAUGCUGUAGAAAAUCAGCUACACUCCGAUUGGGGCUUUCCCCUUGAAGCUUUUCCAAUCAGAGCACACCUCUCAUAACAGACCAAGCUAUAGACCAAUCAGCACACAGAAGAGGGCGGGCCUGUGGACACUUUAGGAACUGAAGGAACGGCAGAAGAGAAGGCAGAUGCAGUGAUAAAGACAAAGAUUCGCAAUGAAAAAGACAUUUUCUUCCAGGCAAAAACCAUUAGUGGGUAUCUACUGCCUGCUGGCAGUUGCAUACAUACUUAUCCUGGCUCUCUUUAUUACAGUGAUGACCAAAAGCACACCUGGGUCAACAGACAACAAUGACCUAAAAAAUUAUGUUGCUCAACUUGCUUCCAAAGUGAAUGAAAUUGAGGAAAAAAUUGCUCAACUUGCUUCCAAAGUGAAUGAAACUGAGGAAAAAAUUGCUCAACCUGCUUCCAAAGUGAAUGAAACUGAGGAAAAAAAAGAGGCCUGUGAUUCUGCCUGGAUAAACUUUGAAGACAGUUGUUAUUACAUUACCACAAAGAAAACAAACUGGGAGAAGGCCCGCUCUUUUUGUGUACAGGAGGGAGGAGACCUUGCUGUUAUAAAUAGUGAAAAAGAACAGACGUUUCUAAAGGAAAAAUCUGGUGUAAGCAGAAUUAAUCGUUUCUGGAUUGGUCUAAAUGACUUAGAAGAAGAAGGUACUUGGACGUGGGUAGAUGGCACAGACUACAGCACAUCAUAUCAGUUCUGGACAAAAGGAGAGCCAAACGAUCAUCUUAAAAAUGAAGACUGUGCUCAUCUGUGGAAUUUCACUGGAGAAUGGAAUGAUGUGCACUGCACCUUUGAAGUGCCUUAUGCCAUUUGUGAGAAAAAAAUAAAAACUUAGAAUUCUCUGCCGAAUUGCUUUUAUUUUAUUUGUUUUACUGGUGCCCCCCCCAAAAAAUGCUUCAUUUAUAUAUCAAGGUCAAAUGAAAUCCUCUUGCCUCUGCAAGAAAAAUUUUUGUAACCGCUAUGUUUCUAAUUAAAAUAAAAAUGACAGUAAGCCUGAUAAAUGUGAGUCUUUCCAAUUCAUGACGAGGAGCAAAUGGGCCUGGGUGCCGAGAGUAUUGUAAGAGUAAUAACGAGUAAAACAGGAAUCCACGUUACGGGUCUUAUAGUGGAAAACAACAAUGGUUUUAUUUCGAGACUACUUUAUUUAGGAGCCUUUUUAUUAACAUUUGGAUUCUCU